GCCUGAGGGCGGGGGGUACGAACGGGAACCUGCCGGCGGUGCUGCCGGAGGACGCUUCCUCAGAUCCUCUGUGAGACGGUGUCAAUGGGAAAUUAGCAGUCAGCUGCACACCGUCCGCCUCCAGCGUGGCCCUGGGGAGCUGCAGUGCUGCUGAGAGGAGCCCAGGAGUCUGCAGGCUGUGCUCCAUGCUGGGUGUGGAACAGUCUCUGCGUGGCCCAGUUUGGAGCAGACUGAUAAGGCUCCUUGUUUCUUAGCAACCACGAUCUGCCAUAGCCAGGAGCCUGCCCUUCUGCAGCUGGAGGGAAAAUUCUGAAUGUCUCAAAUCUCUGUCUUGCACCAAGACUGUUGUCUUUCCUGGGCAUGGAGGUGCCGUACAUCCUUCUCUUAACCAGACUUGUAGCAGAAGUUGCCAGCAAAUCUACUGAAAGUUCGGUUUCAGAAACAGAAUGUUGUGUGGAUAUGUUGGAGUCGAACAGUUCCUGUCCAGUAGCCAACCAGUGCAGCCCAGGUUGUUACAGACGAUGGAACGAGGAUGGGAGUAGCAGCUGCAUUAAGUGCAAAAAUGAAACUCUUCCUGUUGCUGCUGUUUACAAUCUGACUGAUUGCAGAAACACUGGUAUCAGAGGGAUGAAUUUCCAGAUGAAUAUAAGCACUGUAACUCCUUUCAUACAGAACAUAGGGGGUCCGGAAGUGGCAGCUUCUCUCAUCUUAGGGACGUUUUUCAUCAGCUUAUUCCUGAUUCUGUCUGUCGCUUCUUUCUUCUACCUCAAACGUGCCAAUAAACUUCCUAAUGUUUUCUACAGAAGGAACAAAGCGUCUGUUCUCCAGCCUAGUGAAACAGCAUCCAUGAUACCUCCCCCAGCUACUUCAGUUCGGAAGCCGCGAUACGUCAGACGAGAACGGUCACUAGUGACAUCUGCAUCCGCUGCUAUGAUUCCAUCUUCCGAAACCAGGGUCAGCAAUGUUUAGCCUUCGCUCCCGCCCGAGGACUCUGUAACUGUACGCAGCGUUGAAGAAACUUUUUCUGAAUCCACUGA